AUGGUUCGGCGGAAGGCCUCAGGUACUACAACACCUCACGCCCCACGACUGUGCUCACGGACUACAGCUGAAAAGGGGUCGGGUUCCUCAUCAUGCAACAAUAUUGCCAGCUGCGCGAAUUUAACCUUCGUCACCGACCACAAGGCCCUCACCAAGAUCUUCGGCAACAGAAAACUUAAAGACAUUAAUAACCCCCGACUCCUUAACCUGAAGGAGAGGACAUCAAUGUAUAACUUUCGUGUCAAAUACAUGCAUGCUCCUUCUGAACCCACAGAAGGACUCGUACCCACGCCUCCACCUCAGUAUCCAUUUCAGUAAGUGGUGGCAGAUCUAUUCUAUCUAGACGGCAACUCAUACAUUGCCUAUGCAGACAGGCUGACAGGCUGGUUGGAGGUGGAACACAUUUCAGGAGAGACCACCAGCUCCCGCCUCAUCAGUGCUUUCCGUCAGUGGUUCAGGAGACUAGGCAUCCCCGAGGAGCUGUCAUGCGACGGAGGCACUAACCUCACCAGUCAUGAGUCCAGAACCUUCUUCAGCACAUGGUGCGUUAAGCUAAGGAUCUCCUCAGCACACUACACCCAGUCGAACGGGCGAGCAGAUGCGGCAGUCAAGUCGGCGAAGAGGCUGCUAAGAGGUAACAUCUCCCGCGGAGGCUCCCUGGACACCGACGACAUCACCAGGGCGCUUAUGCAAUACCUAAACACACCCCUUCAAGGGUUGGACACGUCUCCAUCGCAGCUGCUGUUAGGCAGGCAACUACGGGACGCCAUACCAGUGGAAAAGUCACGGUAUUUAAUCACAAACUCAUUGCUUCGUCAUUACCAGACAGCCCAUAACCUUGCCCCUCUCAAACCGGGACAUCAGGCACAGAUUCAGAACCCUGUCACUGGGCGGUGGGAUCGGUCGAGAACAGUGGUGGAGCUGACUGCGCCACGACAAUACUUGCUGAGGUUGGACGGCAGCGACAGAGCCACGAUCAGAAACAGACGUCAUCUUCGCCUUCGAGGUAGCGAGCCCCAGACAGGUGCUCCACAAGAGCUACAAAGCACUGUGUCAAGCCACCCCUCAACCCCCAGACCCCGGCGUAACAGGCGCCCUCCAAGACACCUGAAUGACUAUUAUAUGAAUUCCCCCAUUUAA